UCCAAACCCACAAGCCUGUCAACUUCUUGGUCGCGAGCCUCCGAGCUCCCGACAGUCCAACAGCUGCCCACCAUGGAGUCCAUAGCUAGGAUAUCGACGCUACUAGAGAAUGCGCGAGAGCUGACCCUCGAUGCGGCCUCGGCAGCCAGAAGCUCUCGGAGCUCGUCCCGACCCCUGGACAGAACGCAGGUCAAGAAGCUGUUGGACAGCCGCAAUGAGCGGGAGGUGUUGGACGGCUUGCGGCGCGUCACAUCUAUGAUGUACCGCGGCCAAAGGACAUUACCCCUGUUCUCGUCCGUGGUCAAGAACGUCGCGUCGCCGAAUCUCGAAAUCAAAAAGCUCGUGUACAUCUAUCUCAUCCACCACGCCGAGCAAGAACCAGACCUCGCGCUGCUGUCCAUCAACACGAUCCAGAAGUCGCUGUCGGACACAAACCCCCAGGUGCGGGCGCUGGCGCUGCGCACUAUGUCGGGCAUUCGCGUACCAGUCAUCAGCCAGAUUGUGUCGCUCGCCAUCCGAAAGGGCGCCGGAGAUAUGAGCCCGUAUGUCAGACGCGCUGCCGCCCUGGCCAUCCCCAAGUGCUACCGGCUCGACCCCUCACAGCUGCCCCAACUGCUGGAGUACCUCUCGACUUUGCUGGGGGACAAGCAAUAUUAUGUCGCUGGCGCAGCCGUGACGGCAUUCAUGGUCAUCUGCCCCGAGAGGAUCGACCUGAUACACAAGCAUUACCGGAAUCUGGUCAGGAUGAUCGUGGAUAUGGACGAGUGGAGCCAACUGUCGACGCUGAGAUUGAUGACCAUCUACGCGCGGAAGUGCUUCCCGAGGAGGACAAAGGCCGUCAAGAAUAAGGAGAGAGCUGCGAAUCUCCAUGACUUUUACGGCGAGGGGUCGGAGAGCAGCUCCGAGGGCGAGCACGUGGUCCUUCUUGAUCCAGACCUUGAGCUGUUCCUCAACAGCAUAAAGCCUCUCCUGCAGUCUCGCAACUCGGGCGUGGUGGUUGCGGUCGCGCGAUGCUACUCUGCCAUUGGCACUCCUGCCUACACCAAAGCGGCUAUUGGGCCCCUGAUCGCGCUGCUGCGCGGCGCCCAAGACAUCCAACAAGUUGCCCUGUUCAACAUCGUCUCGAUCUGUCUUGGCCAGCCUGCUGAAUUCGUCAAGUACGCCACGCAUUUCCUAGUUCGCGGCACCGACACGCAACCAGUAUGGGAGCUCAAACUGGAGCUUCUCACACUUAUCUUCCCGCACGCUCCACAACAUGUGAAGAGUCUCAUCCUCAACGAACUGGAGCACUUUAGCCGAGGCUCAAACAAGACCCUAAUCAGGGAAGCGGUAAGAGCCAUCGGACGGUGCGCCCAAACGGACAGCGCCACAGCCCCCCGGUGCCUGCGCCUGCUCCUCAGCCAGAUCACUAGCCUAGACGGCACGUUGGCUGCUGAAAGCUUGACCGUCAUCCGCCAUCUCAUCCAGCAAGACCCAACCGCGCACGUCGCAACCGUUAUCCGGCUAGCGAAGAACCUUGAUUCUGCCACCGACCCCCAAGCCCGCGCUACCAUCAUCUGGCUGGUCGGCGAAUUCUCGGGCCUCAACGGGGAGGACAACAUCGCGGCCGACGUCCUGCGGAUCCUCCUGAAAGACUUUGCCUCGGAAUCCGAAGUUGCCAAACGCCAGAUCGUGCUGCUCGGCGCAAAAGUCUACCUGCACUACCUCAACCGGCAGAUCGAUCAGGCCCAGUCCAAGUCACAGGACGACGACCCGUCACAGCAGGCGACAGCACCGAAACUGCUUGAAGAAGAUGGCCACCCGAUCGCCAAGCUCUGGCGCUACCUGCUCCUGCUCGUCCGCUACGACACCUCCUACGACCUGCGCGACCGCACGCGGCUGUACAAAGCGCUCUUGCAGGUGCCACAGCUCGCCACGCUGAUGCUACUCGCCCCCAAACCCGCUCCACAAGCGCCCAGCCCGUCCGAGACGAGGAGGGGGUACACGUUAGGCUCUGCGGCGCUGGUGCUUGCCGGUGGCGGCGGGGUGCAUGGGCUCAGGGGGUACAAGGAUCUACCUGCGUGGGUGGAGGAGGGACAAGAGCCGGAUGCGAAAUUACGGGAGGUGGAAGGUGCGGAGAGGUACGGAGAGAGGAGGGUCGUGCCUGCUGUUGAGGCGCUGGACGCGGCGGUCGCUGCUUCAGGGGCGAGGGCAUCGCCUUCUUCGGCUGCCGGCGGAAUGAAAGCUGGGGGCAAAGCAGCGAACGGGCUGGGGGAGAAGACGUUGGAUGACUGGCUGGCUGAGGAUGAAGGGGAGGAGAGUGAGGAGAGUGAGGAGGAGGAGGAGGAGGAGGAUGAAGAAGAUGAAGAAGAUGACGAUGAGGAGGAGGAAGAGGAUGAAGAGGAGGAUGAGGAAGAGGAGAGUGAAGAGGAGGAAUCCGACGAGGACGCAAGGCUUAUGCGGACUUCUUGAAACGGGCUGGGGUGCGCCGUCGAAUAAACACGGCGGCUCCGUCCCGACUACGUAUCUGUGAGAACAGCUUGUGGCAAGUGCCGCGCUGGAUCUAU